GGGUCAUCAUCACUGCUUGUACGCGUACAUACGUACUCGCUGCGUCGCCGCGAGCAAAAAAGAAUCUUCUUUAUCUUGACCAUGUGCGGAUGAGAAAUUUCGAUGUGCUUCAGACAUGUGUUACGUAAAUUUCUGCCAACUGUGCAGCAGAUGACUGCGAGAUGCUGUCGGAACCUUGCUCCGAAGGCUUUUGCCUCUCUUUCUAAUGUAAGCAAUCUUUCGGUCUAUUCACGUGCAAAUAAAGCAGCAGUAAAUUAAGUAGCGUAGCUCUAUGGACCGACCAAGAUUCGACUUUGAAAUUUGAAUGUCGCUCGAACGUUUUCUCUUGCACGCUGCAGUUGCUAUAGCAUUCUCUUGAUAAAGUUUUGAAAAACUUAAGCAUAAAAUUCCCAAAGUGUCAUUCACGAAAGGACAUUUUUCUUCUCACAUGAGCGAUAUACGAAGAUGUCAUCAACGCAUUAUCUGUAUCUCAAAACUAAUGACUCGUGAGUCAUCACUUGUCCGCGCUAAAAAACUGAUAUUCUUUCGUUGUAAAUUGGUGGAAACCCCAACUUGUUUGUAAACAAACAGAACGAGAUUUUUUCAUUCCGAGUAGUAUUUUUCUGAACGUUUAUCUGGAAAUUGCUCGCAUCGGGUAAAUUGCUCGAAUCGACCCGUAUCUCGAGUUUUUCUCGAAAAUAUUUCCUCCCUUUUUGUACAAUAAACUAAAAAAUACGACAAUUCGUUGUUUGCGAAUUUACUCCGAAAAAAGUUAUCGUAACAAAUACCAAACGCUGAAUUUUCCUGCUCGAACCCUCUCUCAACUCGAAAAUUCAAGCUGUAAAUUCCAGAACUCUCUUCUCUCACAAACUCUCCGCGAGCCCUAAGGUCAGAAAACCUCCAUAAACCGAAGAAUAAAAGAAAAGAAAACGUCCCUCCAGCGCGAGGCUCGUCCCUCGCGUUGGUGCGCGCGUCGUUGUAACCGCUCUCGCUCGCAUAUACUUACACGGAGCAGGGAGCUGCCGACGCAGUUCUGUGUGGGGGCAGCCGUAUAAAAGCUGAAACGCACCGAAAGAACUGUUUAUACAGCGCGCACGAGUCUGGGAGACGCGAGCUGUCCGUUCAACUCUACACUUUCUCUGUAUCUCUACGAGCGUCCACUACCGAGCAAAAUGAGGUCGCUGACGUUGUGCCUCGUGCUGGCAGGAUGCGUCGCAGCUGCGCUGGCUCACUCUUACCAUCUCGGCGCCUGUCCCGUCGUCGAGCCUCUCGCGGGCUUCCAGAUGAGCAGGUUUCUCGGAAUCUGGUACGUAGUCCAGAAGACAUCGACGGCCAGCAAGUGCAUCACUUACAACUACACCCGAGGAGACGAGCCCGGCGAGUACAGCAUCACUCAGGACUCGGACAUUCCAAUUCUGGGUCUCACGUCGUUGAAGCACGAGUACCACUACACGGGCGCUUUGAGCGUGCCUGAGCCCAGUGUACCGGCCCGUAUGACCGUACGCUUUCCUCUCAGCGUAGCCGGCAGCGCAUCCCACGUAGUCUUCGCCACGGACUACGAGAACUACGCUGGUAUCUUCACCUGUCAGAAGCUGGCCUUCGCUCACCGCCAGUCAGCCACGAUCCUGUCGCGUACCCGUGACCUGGACAAGGCCUACAUCGAUAAGGUGCGCGCCAAGCUCAGCUCGUUCGGUGUCGAUCCCUUCGACCUGAGCAUCAUCACACAGACCAACUGCCCACGCGGCAACAACAGCCUCGACGUGAACGUAGACCCGCACACCUUCUCCGCCGAGAACAUCGGCUCGGUCGUACGCAAAGCCGGCGAGAAGAUCGGCGACGGCGUCGAGUGGAUCGGACACCAGGGCAGCAAGGUCUACCACAAGAUCGCUGGUACCGAGGACAAGAGCUCCGAGAGACCUGCCACCGUCGUCCCCGUGAACUCGCAGCAACAGCCACCAAAGGACGCCGCUGGAAAAUACGAGAACAACGAGGUCGAGUGGAUACCCUAAGAUGGAUAACCCCUGGGCUUUUGAUAAUUUUUAUUGUAAAUAAGUAUAUGCGUAAGGACGAGUUUUAUAUAGAGAAGCACGAUCUUAAUGUAGGUUUUGUAGGAUUUUUUUUAAUUGAAAUUUUGAGUAGUUUGUAAUUUUACUCGUAUUUUGCGUUUAGUACAAAAAGCUCUGCCCCUCUUUGAGAAAAUACUCGUUUUGUAAGCUCUUUUUUUUCUAAAUUGUCGUUCUAUUUUGGAAUGGAGAAAUUGCAGCAAGAGCAUCCAUUGUAUGUCGUACAUUUAAGUUGUGGACGUUAGUUAGCAUUUGCAAUUCGGCUAGAACAGAAAUUUUGUAGUAGAUCUAAGCACUUUUACAGGUAUUUUAAUAGCAUAAACAGAUUCGACAGAUUUUACAAUAUUUUUCUACAUUCUAUCGAAAUUGUCUGACGACCGUUUCGUUUUGCAGGUAUAGCUUCGACUAUAGGAUUAUUAGAUUGUAUUUCGAAAGACUCUCUACUCUUAUACUGUAUUUUUUUAACAUGACAAAGUUGAGGUUGUGAUAACGGAUGUCUUUUCGAAGACACGACGAACAAAAGUUUAAUUUUGUUGAGUAUAUCUAUGACUAAUUGUGCAUCCAGACAGAAAUAUAAUAAAUUCUUAUGUGCCAAAUUCAAA